AUGCCACCACCACACCGCAGCGGGGGGCGGCACCCUUUGGUAACGGCGGCUAUUCUCAUCGAGACCUCACUGGGCUCCUUCAUUGUGGACCUCUACGGCGCUGACUGUCCGGCUGCUACCGCGGAGGUGGUCAACUUGUGCCGUUGCAAAUACUUCAACGGCUGCAUCGCAACGGAGGUGAUCCCUGACAACGUCAUUAUUUUCUCGCACCCUGUCGAGUCGCUGCGAUGCAGGACGUUCCCUUCCCUUGUGGGUGACGCUGCAGUAGGGGCCAAAUCUGUUGAGAGGCCGACAACAGGCACUGCUCUUGAGCGGCUGAUGCGCCAGGAAUGGGAGCGCAUGAAGGGACACACGGCGACACUGCAAGUGCGUCAGGGGUCCGCGACGGUGCAGUUCGUGCCGCAGCACCCAUUGGAGGCAGCCGGUGCGAUACGUCACCAAGGCUUGCUGCUGCUCGAGGUGCCGCAACUGUCGCACGCAUCGGACACCGGAAGUGUCGCGAAAGCAAGCCGUCUAGUGCUCACAUUGAGCCAAAGACAUCUAGACUACUUUGAGGGUGACUUUAUGGUGCUGGGCGAGGUGCGGGAGGGUAUUCGUGUCAUUGAGAAGAUGCGCGCGGCGCCCCAUCAACGAUCGGUGUCGUCCGCCACGACUGCAGCAGCGCGCCCUACGCGGCUUAUUCGCAUCAAGCAUGCGACGGUUCUGCCAACAGCGGGGACCGAAGCCUUUUCGGACGUGGUGCGCAGCAGCAGCAGCACUUCUGCGCAGGAGUCCGGGGCACUGGGCCUUGCCGUCAAGGCUGCGGGAUGUUUUCGACACUGGGCGUCCUCAGAAACAGUUAAACGCGCAAACUCCGCUCUUGUUGCUCUUCUUCGUAGUGCUUCUGCCGCUUCUAAUGCUGGGGAUCACACAGGCGUACCGCCAGGCACCGCGUUCUUCAUGCUGUACGGACGCCCUCUGCAGGGCAUCUCAGGAGAGACGGACACGCUCAAGAAUGAUAAAGGUAACAGCAACAAGAACAACAACAGCAACGACGACCGCGACGAUCUGGUGUCGGUGGAGUACAACCCGCACUACCACGGCGACUAUCUGAGUUCCGACGAGGAGGCUCCACACGCAGAGUCCCGAAAGGAACGCGAGAGCCGCCACCAGGCAGUCAUGCGCAUGCACCAGGACAAACUCAACGCUACACGCACACUCAUGCUGAACCUGCUCGACGGCGUCGCCGACGCCUCUGGUGAGAUGAAGCCGCCGGAGAAUGUGCUGUUUGUGUGUAAGCUCAACCCGCUCACCACCGGCGAGGGGCUGUCGAUGUGCUUCUCGCAGUUCGGCGCGGUGCGCUCGGCAGAGGUGGUGCAGGACCGAAAGACGGGCAACUCGCUGUGCUACGGCUUCGUGGAGUUCGCCGACGUGGAGGCGUGCUACCGGGCGUUUCAGAAGAUGGACAACGCGCUCGUUGACGACCAACGCAUCCACGUCGACUUCUCGCAGUCCGUGUCGCGGCUUUGGGCGCAGCGGCAGCGCGAGUUGCGCAAGCGUGCACGCGACGAGGAAGAGAAGGAAGGAGCUGUGAGACCUCUGGCAGCGCGCGGAGAGCCGCCGAGCUCCGUCAAGUAG